AUGGCAGCGGCGGGCACGGUGGAGCCGUGCGCCUCGCCCUCGGAGCUGCGCGACUUUCUCAAAGCCUCACACUUCAGCGUGGGGCACGACGCGCGGCUGCACCGCGGCUUCCAGCAAUCCAGGUCGCACCAGGACUUCCCGGCCCACGCCCAGGUCGUUGCCACCCGCCCGGCACCCACGCAGGGUCCGCCGCCUCUCGCGCGGCUCUUGCAGGUGGACGCGCGCUGGGCGGACCAGGAGCAUCUGGCGGAGACGCGCCGCGCAUUCCCGCCGCCGCCGCUGCCGUCACCGGCUGAGCAGGAGCGCGCGCCCAUCGUGCCCGGAGCACCCCUCGGGCACGCGAUCCUGGGCACGGGUGGGCGCACCGUCAUCCCCAGCUCCCGUGCCACCUACGGCUGGCCCGAGCUGCCGGCGGGGAGCGCGCGCGAGCACAUCCGCGGCGCGCGCCUCCUCUUCGCGCGCGACUCGGUGCCAUCCGGCGACCCGGACAAACUGCGCUUCCCAUUCACCACGUACCGUGCCCUCUUUCCGCCCUACGACGUGUGCCCGCAGCCCCCCACGCCCUGCUACCACCUCGGGGGCCCGAAUACUCUCCGGUGGGACUACUGCAAACGAGACAACACCACCUACCAGAGACUAUUCCAGGCUCUGCCGGGCCCACCUGCCUUGAUGUGUAGGAGGGAUUCCUCCAGCGUGCAACUGGGAGACGACAAGGCCGGCUACGGGCUGCUGCGUUCUGAACAGAAGCAGUUCUACAGCCCCCAGGACCUAUCCCCAGACAGGUACGACAAGACCCAGGCAGUGGCCCACAUCCACCGCGUGAACAUUUGUCCUGGAGAUGGCUGCUUUCACGGCAGGACCACCAAGGCUGAGCACUUCUACCCCCGAGAGCCAGAACCUUUUGUGCUCCACCAUGAUCGGACGCCAGAGUCGCACAUCCUGAAAGGAAACUGGCAUCCCGGCCCCGGCAGCCUGGAUACCUGCACGCAGUCUUUCUACGGCCAGCCUCCGGCCCUGACGCAGCCGCCCAGCCGCCACGUGAGCCACGACAGGCUGCAGGGUCACAUCAUCCUGGGGGAGGAGAAGCUGCUCAGCCACUUCUUCCAGACCACCAUGGGCUCUGACUACUUGCCCCCAGACAAGGGGCGGCCGAAGAUAGAGCCCACCCUCCACCUGAGGAAGAGCAGACUGUGGGAUGGGGUCCCUGGCGCAGACUUUGUCACCACGAACCAGAAGAUGAUGACGGUCCACAGGCCGCCUCCAGCCAAGGCCACGAAGGCCAUGCUUUGCCGGACCAAAUACAGCCACAUAGAGCCACCGCUGGGCAGGCAGCGUUUCUUCUCCACCCAGUACACGGAUGAGUUCGGCUUCAAGUACCAGGGCCCCGUUGUCCUCAGGACCAACAAUACCCAGGAAAGCCACGUGCCCCUGGGCACCCCUGGCCGCUCGGGCUGCUUAGGCGAGAAGGUGGACCCUAGAGCCCCCCAGCUUCCCUUGUACCCAUGCCCCAGCCAGCAAUAA